AUGCCGCCAUCUAGAGCUACUGUAGUUGGCCAGCGCCCUACUGAGCCAUCUGGAAGCCUUAACCAGUUGUCUGCUGCUUUGGGCUCCCCUAUUUUCACCAUCGGUGCCGCAAUUCUCUCUUCUCGACGCCCACUGCCGUGCGAGAUCUCGGCAGAUGUGGCCUGGAUGCUGGCUGUCCAGCAUCAAUGCAUCAUCGCACAAGCCCUUGGACCUCGCGGUGCCUCAACGAUGCCGCCCGCCCCGCGCCCGUCGCCCGCCCCCCCGCACAAGCCUCGGGCCCCUCCGGCUGUGUUGUCCAACCAGCGCGCCGCCGAUGCUGCCCAGCACGUGAAUGUGCCGACCAAUCGUCGCCUGGGCCGGUGCCGUCCGCCCCCGCGCGCCCGUCCACGCCGCGCAAACCUCGAGCGCGAAGGCUCCGAUGGCCAGGACAGCACCAUCAUCGAUACCGCCAGGGACGUGACCGCCUCCCCAAACUGGACCUGUAAGGCAGGCUAG